CGAACGUUUUAGCGUUUUCAAUGUUUCCUCGUGCUCCGUUUUCUAUUUCCUUGCUCCGCGGUGAAUCACUGAAUGGAAAGAGAGAAAUUGAAUUCUUCUAUGCCCUGAAUCUGUUCAAUCAAACGCGCAACAUCUUUUACGAAUGAGUGCAGAUAUGUGCCUUCGGAGCAUACGUUUGCCCGGAACUCGAGUGUUUACUCUCAUUGGGGUCGGAAAUUAUGUUACUUUCAUGUCCAUCUAUGGAUUUUUGGAGCUUGAUAUCGUUGCCGGCUCUUCGAAAAAAUAUAGAACCACUAGGGAGUGGGAUAUCUAGAAAUCAUGGAGGGCAUCUUUUUAAACUUCGGGAACUCAAUAGUUUGGCCAAAUCCUCAGAAGUUUGUAAUUUUUGCAGGUGGUGCAUUUGGUGGGAAUAGGGGACUGAGACCAGUACCUCCGGAAAAAGGAGUCUUCCCUUUGGAUCACAUGCAUUUAUGCGACCUGGAAAAGAAAGACUACCUGAACUGUCUAAAAUCUUCCAGCCACCUAUCUGAAAAAUGUAGAAACUUUUCAAAGAAGUAUCUGGAGUGCCGUAUGGAAAAGAACUUGAUGGCAAAGCAAGACAUGUCAGAACUAGGAUUUGGGAAGGAAAGUGACACGAAAACUUCUGGGGAGAAUGCUAGCGAGAGAAUUGAAAACCAAGGCUGAAAAACACUUGGGAAUAAGACAUUGUUAUGAAAAGUUGGAAAAGCUUUUCUAUUGGGAUUGGUUCUUCGGUAAUGCUUUUUUGGUGUUAGUAGAAUAUAAAUUAUCAUAGAAAAUUUGGGAAGUUACAUGUAGAAGCCAUCCGAAAGAAACAUGAAACACUGGAAUUUUGCACGUGUUACUAAAGUCGAGAGAGUAUUGAUACCCGGGUAAUAAUAACCCCAUUAAAUCAUGAUCAUGCCUUACCGGCACGAGUCUUUAUUA